GGUCAAGGCUCGUUUGAGAGGAGCAAGUACGUGAAGAUGUCUGCCGGUGACCCCAGAGUUGCAGACGGUCUCAAGUACACCAGGAACCAUGUGAGGCUUACGAAAAAUCUGCUUAAAACGGCCCCGUUGCUUCGCCCGGCAAACGUAACGCCGGCGAUUGGGUGGCACGAGAACGAGGUGUCUCUGUUCCAUGGUCACACGGUGAAGCAUUGGUCCUGA